AUGGACGUCUCAUUCAAGCCAAUCAAGGCUGGGUCGUUGGCGGUUAACUCGCUGCACCAUCCUGCGCCUGCCAACCCACCGCCGGCUAUGAGAGCCAUUGAGGCAUACAAGUACUUGAUUGACUUCACUCCGUACAAGGACGUCAUCAACCUUGUGGAAGAGCUACCUGGUAUCAAUGGCGUCGUGAAGGGCAGCGGAUUUGACCACUUGGUCAAUGUAUUCUCCAAGAUGAACAGCGUUACCAAUUCGUAUCUGCUUGAGUUUCUCAUCCUAUGUGUCCUUUAUGGCACUUGUCAAACAAUCGAUACCGUCAACAAGCAGGGGCCAUCCACCUCAAAGGUGUUAUAUCUUCUCGUCAACAACAUCGGUCUCGAAGCGUUUUACGAUCGACUGACGGAUACAUUGAACCGACUGGGAAUUGAUGCAGCCUCCCACUUUCCCAUUAUCCGAUUUUACUCAAUGGAUGGCGAGGUGGCUUCAGGUGUGAAGCGAGACAACCAGAGCACCCUUGCCGGUCGCCUGGACAAAGAAGCUGCUAAAGCGGAAUUUGGCGAUCUCACAGAUCAGUUCUUGUUGGGGUAUCAGAAAAAUUGGCCGCUAAAGGUAUAA